AUGUACAAAAUUCCUCAUGCAACCUUAAUAUCUUUACCAGAAGAAGCUAUCAAUGAGUUUAAAGAAACCAUUGUUUAUUUGAUUCAACGUCAACUUUCUAAUCAUAGCAGCUUAAUCAGAUUUCGAUGCAUUACUAUUCCUUGUUUAGAAAGUCAAUUUAUAGGGGUGUUUGGUAAUUAUAUUGCACAGUAUGCACCUACCCAACAAACUUAUGAAUGUGUGUUUACAGGAAAUCAGCAAACUGCAGUAAUUUUAUUUACACCAACACAAACUGAAGAUGAUUAUAACAAUACAAAGAAUUCAGAUUUUGAUACUUUACCUCAAGAUCAAAAUGCAACCAAGUUUGAAAUAAAAGUUAAAUGGAAAUGA